AUGGUGCUGCUCCGCCUGACCGUCAAGGUCGUCCCUCGCGCGGUGGAGGGCGAGGAGGCAAAGGACGCGGACGGGCUGAAGAGCACCAGCUUCCUCAUGGUCGUGCACCGGCCGGACCAGAUGAGCCUCGGAGAGCUGGCCUGGAGAGUCUCAGAGCAGUGGAAGAAGCUCCGGCCAGAGGCUGAGCCGCUGGUGAUCAAGAAACUCCUGGAUGACAACCACGAUACGGACGAGCUGGACGCCGAUUUGACCGUGGCAGACGUGUUUAUAGACUAUGGCAAGGCGCGUGCAGACGGGUUGGACCAGCGGGGGGCCCUGCGAGUCAUCCAGAAGCCGACGAGCACUCGGUCAGUCCGCUACGGCUCCGUCGUCCAGGACUGGGACGCCAUCACAAACCACCACUCCCGAAGGGCUGCGAGGCUCUCGAGACGGAAGCUAGCGCAUUUCCCCAUGGCCAGUGGUCUAGCUUCAGCUUCUCCCGUCAAGAACCAUGUUGCUGCCGUCAAUGGGGGUGGCAUUCCGUUGGAAGUCGCUGAAUCAGUCCAUCCGCUUGGCUCUAUCGAAGAAGAACCAGCAGCUACGGAGUCACACCAGCGCAGAGAACCCUCGCCGGCUCUUGCGGAACGAGAAUUGACGCAGGAAACUACAGACACCAACGCCUCGAAUCUACGGUCAUCCCCUCUGGAUGCUUUUCCUAGCUCCACACGCCUUCCCAGGCAUCACCGUGCUGAGCUAGGAAAGGAUGGUGACAUGCUCAUUCCAGGGGUUCAUACUUCACUGCUUUCUAGUGAGUGGCCGCUGGAUAUAUACUUUGUCCUGCCUUUCACUGACUUUAAAUACACAGAUCAAGCUGCCCUACGGAACUCGAAAGGGGCCAAAACCUCGCAAUCAGCCAUUAGCGGUCGUCCAUCUCCAAGUGCUGCCCGCCAACCAAAGAGACCAAGGACUGCCGAUAGUGAAGAGCUGUCCGGAAACACUUCAUCCCUGGCUGCUAAUCAGAGGUACCCAAAACAUGCAAAACGACAAAAGAUUGCCGAGACGCCUGCUUCAGAGCUAGAACCUGAAGAUUAUGAGAUGCUCGAUGCUCACCCGCCGAGAGCUAGUAUAGAGAAGUCCCAAACCCUCCCGUAUGCCCAUAAAGGAAAAACAGAUGCUCGACAGAAUUCUCAGAAGGCUCUAAGGGAGGGUCCCAAUGGGGCACCUGCUGUCAUUGAUCUAACUUGCACGUUAUGCACAACAGAAAGCAACAGUAAGCCAAAAUCAAAUCAGAUAGGUUUAGGCAUAACCGCCAGCCCCCCUAAGAAGCGCACAGUUGACAAAUUAGAUAUCCAUGAAGACAACUCCAGCGCAAUCCUAACCCCCAAGGCGUCUGGACACCCUAACCGCCCUCGCUCUUCUGACAUGCAUCAGAUAUCCCCCGAUCUCACUCAAGACGCGCCCUCUUCGGCAAGACUAGCUAAUAACAAGAAAGCCGUGUCGAGUAGAGAUGCUAAGGCUGAUGCAAGAAAGAAGACAACCAUGCAGUCGGGCAAGGCUUAUAGCCGCGAUUUCAGCUCAGUCACAGCCGUGAACAGGAAAUGGACUGAUAAAUUUGAUUGUCGGGUAGCCGGCUAUAACAGGGAACGAGCUAUUUCCCAUUUGGAUGACAUAGUUCAAGCCGCAAAGGAAGUUGAUGACUCUCAAGACCAGAUACCAAGAUUGGAGAAAAUACUUGAUGAAUUGGACAAUCUUCCAAACUACGCCGGUAAGGGUAAGAUACAGGUUAGGAAGAACGCACACAGACGAAUCAAUCGGUUAUUGGAGACUCUCGAGGUUAUGGGUCAACCAAGGCUUAGCCGGGAGGAACCUCAACAUCAUGAAGAUGAGGUGGAUGAAGAGUCCAGUGGGGAAGAGAAUGAACCCCGAUCUGGGGGUUCCUCCUCUACCGAGAACGAUUCAGAGAAAGAAGUAGAUGAAAAAUCUACAGCCGCCAAGUCAACAGCAGUCAAUACAGACGAGAAGAAAGGUGCAAGUGACGGUAAUGGGAGCGAGAGCGAGCGCGUGCACAGUAACGAAGAGAACUACAAGGGGAGAAGUGAUAGUGAAGAUGGUUCGGAGAAAGAUGAUGAGGAGAACGAGGAAGAGAAGCAAGAUCGUAUGAGGCUUCGAGUAUGUGUAUCUCCCUCUCUCUCAGAUCCCGGCGAUGAGAGCCUGUCCGCCACUGGGCCUCGACGAUCUUCUAAGGGGACUGUCCGUGAUAAAUCCCCAUCUGUCUACUCAGUUCCUUUGUCCGGAUCUGAAGCCCCUGAGCCCGAGUCAGAUAAAUCUGAAAGCGGUAGUGAUAGUGGCAGUGAAGAAGACGAGGAGGAUGAUGAAAGCACACCUCGUGCCAAAGUAGUCUCGAAGAAGACCCCCAGCCAGGAAUCAUCUGCUGCUUCCGAGUCUAAUGAAUUGGAGUCGGUUGGCAAAGGAAAUACUUCUGAAUCGAGAGCUACAACUCCAUCAGAGAAAGAUACUGAUAUUAAACCCAACGGGACCCAGCAAGAUCAGGUAGAAAGGGAAGAAUCUGAGAGAUCUGGUAGAAGUUCCAAGGAAAAAGAGGCAAUUGAGAGCGAUGAAGAUGGUGAAGAAGGCAAAGAUGAAAAAUUUGAGGAUGCGAAAGAAGGCUCUGAAUCUGACGAAGAAUCCGACUCGGCAGGUGAAGAAGCAGCCGCAUCCAACGCGGAUGCAUCAAAAAUGCCAGCAGCAAAGAAACAGGUCACUGUGUUUGAAGACUCUGACUCUAGCUCUAGCUCCGAGUCCUCUUCUACCUCAGAAGGAUCAGAUAUCCAAUACCGCAAGCCAAAACCCAAGGACGAUGGCACUGAGGCGGCACAGCAGCCCGCUACCGAACAAGACAUGCAAAACAGAUUGCCAACUGCUCCAACGCCUCGCAAAAAAAAGGUACAUGUGUUGAAACGAUCUCAGACACCGCUACAUAGGCCAUUCCGGCCACGGCAAGACUCGGCUCACAACAAGACGAAUCCAGCCAGCUCUCCACUUGUGGAGGACAAGUCGAACAGACCGGAAUUUAUCACCUUCUCCCAGCCUACGCCAACUGCAACCAGCCGCUCAUCAGCAGUGGCUAACGGCACCAGGCCCCGAUCAACACCCACAGGGUCGAACCCAGAGCGCAGCAACAAUGGACUUAAACGCCUCCUCAAGGGCAAGUCUACCAGGAAUAUGUUUGGGAAACCUAGUUCACCGGCUAUCUGA